UCCAAAACGGACCAAUCAGAGCGCGACCUCUGCUAUAAAUAGCAGGCCCGCGCUCCCGGAGCGCUAGUUCGUGUUAGACGGCGGUGGAGAGGUUUGUAUUUCGGGAUGGCUGAGGUAGCGCCGGCUACGGCUGCCAAAGCGCCGGCAAAGAGAGUGGCGAGCGCCGCGAAGGCGCAGCAGCGAAAACCGGGCGGCCCCGGUGUGACGGAGCUGCUGAUGCAAGCGGUGGCGGCGUCCAAGGAGCGCGGCGGCAUCUCGUUGGCCGCGCUGAAGAAGUCGCUGGCGGCCUCGGGCUACGACGUGGAGAAGAACAACAGCCGCAUCAAACUGGGCCUGAAGAGCCUGGUGGCCAAGGGGAAGGUGUUGCAGACCAAGGGCACCGGCGCCUCGGGCUCCUUCAAGCUCAACAAGAAGCAGGCAGACCCCAAGGAGAAGGCGGCGGUGACCCGCAAGAGGAAGCAGCAGCAGCCGCCAGCCAGGAAGCCCGCCAACAAGGCGAGAAAAGCUCCGGGAGCCGCCAGGCCAAAGAAAGCCGCCAAGGCGGCGGUCAAAAAACCCGCCUCGGCGGCUAAAAAGCCCAAAGUGACAAAGCCGAAAAGCCCCGCUAAACCCCUGAAGGCGAAGGCAAAACCUAAGCCGAAGGUCGCCACGAAGGCCAAGCCCGCCCUUAAAAAGAAGUGAAAAAGCUUCGCUUCAACCCAACGGCUCUUUUAAGAGCCACUCAAACGGUCUCGAAAAAGAGUUGACAGGUUGCGGACCGGUGUGAAAACUUGUCCCUCUCACUUUCUUUUGGGGGAAAAGUAUUGCAGAGCGGAAGGUAGCGUGGCCGAGCGGUCUAAGGCGCUGGAUUAAGGCUCCAGUCUCUUCGGAGGCGUGGGUUCGAAUCCCACCGCUGCCAGGAAUUUUUUUUUUCCCUCCCCCGCGCGCAGGUCUUCGCUUAGCCUUUUUUUUUGUACGCUUAAUAGGACUUGAUAUAGAAUUUUGCAGAAUAAAACUGGGCUGUGUUACUACCGUACCUAUUAAACUUGAAAAGGAAGGCGCAACUUCUGUAUCUGUCCGAAGGAAUCGGAUGACGCGUGUAUGAAGCCUCACAAGUCUUCCCAACUUCCACCACCCAAAGCAAAAAUUUAAUGAACAGCCCCCACGUACCGAACGCCGACGAGGAUGGGAUUCGAACCCACGCGUGCAGAGCACAAUGGAUUAGCAGUCCAUCGCCUUAACCACUCGGCCACCUCGUCACAUGCUUAUCUGAUUGGGCAGUUUUCGCCUGCCCUAGUAUACACGUGUUAAAAAAAACCACUCCCAUUUAUCUUAGGUCAGAGGUCCCUAACCUUAGCAACUUUAAGACUUGUGAACUUCAGCUCCCAGAAUUCCCCAGCCAGCCCUGGCUGGUUUUUUUUUUCUCCUAUCCCUUAAAGCGGGGAGAUUGGAGGGGAAGGGAUUAUAAGAGAGUAAGUGGACUUCAACUCCCAGAAUUCCCCAGCCAGCCAUGCCUGU